AUGAGCUCCCUGGAAGGAUACACCAUAGCCAUCACCGGGGGCGGAUCUGGAAUCGGCCUUGCUACCACGGUUGAGCUCUGCAGUCGAGGGGCCACGGUUUGGAUAGCCGAAUUGACCCCGGAUGUUCCAACAAAGCUCGAGUCUCUAGUUCAUGCAGGAAAGGUAGUGUUUCGUGGAGGCGUCGACGUCGCCAGCCGCGAAGCCUGCGUUAAGUUCUUGGACGAAGUGGUGGAAAAGGCUGGGCGUCUCGAUGGGAUAAUCAAUAACGCUGGAAUUGGGCCGGCCGAAGGACCUAUUGCAACCGAUGAAACAUUUGAGAAGAUUGUGGGUGUGAACCUGCGCGGCACCUGGAAUUAUGGCACACAAGCGCUGCGAAUCAUGGAAAAACAGGAACCAAAGGGGCAGUGGGGCACCAGGGGCACUGUCGUCAACGUCGCAAGUAUGUCCGGACUUCUCGGUUGGAACAGUCUGGCGGUCUACACGGCAACAAAGCAUGCUGUUGUUGGGUUGGUCAAGGCAUGGUGCAAAGAUUUUGCCCCUCUGGGUAUUAGGGUCAAUGCUGUGGCACCUUCGGUAACUGAGACAGAAGGGGUCAAGAUAUGGUUUGCCCAGAGGAAAAAGGACUUCAAUGAAGACAUGAAGCCUCCUCCUGUUGGACGUUUCGCACAGCCUUCAGAAAUCGCCAAAGUGAUUGCGUUUCUUGUUGGAGAGGACUCCAGCUAUAUAAAUGGACAGACAAUUCCCAUCAACGGCGGCGCAAUAUGA